AGCACGGGCGCAGCGGCGGCAGCGGCGGGGCCGGGAGUGGGGCUGGGACCGGGAGCGGGAGCGGGAGCAGGGCCGGGAGCGGGGCCGGGUGUGCACGGAGCAGGCCGGGCCGAGGCGGGCGCCGUGGCCAUGAACUUCGCGGUGGGGCUGAAGCCGCUGCUGGCGGAGGCGCGGAGCAUGGAGAGCCUGGAGAAGCAGCUCAUCUGCCCCAUCUGCCUGGAGAUGUUCACCAAGCCCGUGGUGAUCCUGCCCUGCCAGCACAACCUCUGCCGCAAGUGCGCCAACGACGUCUUCCAGGCGUCCAACCCGCUGUGGCAGUCGCGGGGCUCCAGCGCGGUGCCGUCGGGGGGCCGGUUCCGGUGCCCGUCGUGCCGCCACGAGGUGGUCCUGGACCGGCACGGCGUGUACGGGCUGCAGCGCAACCUGCUCGUGGAGAACAUCAUCGACAUCUACAAGCAGGAGUCGGCCAGGCCGCUGCACGCCAAGGCGGAGCAGCACCUCAUGUGCGAGGAGCACGAGGACGAGCGGAUCAACAUCUACUGCCUGCGCUGCGAGGUGCCCACCUGCUCCCUCUGCAAGGUCUUCGGGGCGCACAAGGACUGCGAGGUGGCACCCCUGCCCGCCGUCUACCAGCGCCAGAAGGUGGGUGACCCUGGGGGGCCGGCGCGGGGCGGGGGGCCGCCCGCCCCGCCGGCCCUCACCCCGGUCUGGCCCCAGAGCGAGCUCAGCGACGGCAUCGCCAUGCUGGUGGCGGGGAACGACCGCGUCCAGGCCAUCAUCACCCAGAUGGAGGAGAUCUGCAGGACCAUCGAGGAGAACGGCCGGCGGCAGAAGCAGCAGCUGGGGCUGCGCUUCGACGCGCUGUACGGCAUCCUGGAGGAGCGCAAGAAGGAGCUGCUGCAGAGCAUCGCGCGGGAGCAGGAGGCCAAGGAGCAGCGCGUGCGCGGCCUCCUCCGCCAGUACGGCGACCACCUGGAAGCCUCCUCCAAGCUGGUGGAGUCGGCCAUCCAGGCCAUGGAGGAGCCCCAGAUGGCCGUGUACCUGCAGCACUCCAAGGAGCUCCUUAAAAAGAUCACGGACAUGUCCAAGGUGUCGCUGAGCAGCCGCCCCGAGCCCGGCUACGAGAGCCUGGAGCACCUGCGGCUGCGCGUGGAGGGUGCUGCCGAGGCCCUGCGCGCCCUCGACUUCUGCACAGAGCCUCUGGGCGAGGACGAGGCCGAAGGCCCUGCCGAAGGCAGCGAGGCUGCCGGGGAUGAGGAGGGGCUGGAGGCGUCUGAUGCUGCCGAGGACGUGGGGCCGUGGCAGAAGCCGUCCGGCGCUCCCCACGGUCAGCACUGAGCAGGGCCCCGGCGUCCCCGGCGAGCGAGGGAGGGAGCGAGGGACCCGCGGAGCCGAGCUGCUGCCGCCCCCAUUAAACGGCGUGCGAGGAA